AUGGAUAAUGUUUCUGUUGUAAGAGUUUUUACUCUCUCAGGGAUAAAUGAGACAAUGAAUUAUAGAAUUGCUAUUUUUUCACUUACUUUGCUGUAUUACUGUAUGAUUUUGUUUUUUAAUAUCUCUCUCAUCAUCAUCAUAAUCUUAGAUGAGAACCUGCAUGAACCCAUGUACAUCUUAUUGUGCAGUGUCUGCAUUAAUGGGCUUUAUGGCACCACAGGUUUCUACCCCAAAUUCCUCUUAGAUGUGCUGUCUUCCUCCCAACAGAUCUCAUAUGAAGGAUGUCUUUUACAAGCUUUUGUCAUGUACUCAUUUGCUUGCUCUGAGUUAUCCAUUCUAGCAGUUAUGGCUUACGACAGAUAUCUGGCUAUAUGUCGACCACUGCACUACCACUCUUUCAUGAAUAAGAGGAGGCUCUCUCAGCUGAUUUGUUUCUCCUGGCUCACACCUUUCUGCAUCUUCUCCAUCAGUAUUAUUCUAACAUCUACACUGAAGUUAUGUGGUUCCAAACUUCAGAAACUCUUCUGUGUGAACUGGAUGAUUGUUAAGCUUGCUUGCUCUGAUACAGUUUCAAGUGAUGUUCUGUCAUAUGCAACAACUAUGAUUUAUGUGUUUCAUGGGUUUUUCAUAAUUUGGACCUACAUGCAUCUUAUUAAAACUUGUGUUAAAUCUAAAGAUGACAGAGUGAAGUUUAUGCAGACAUGUGUACCCCAUAUAGUUUCUUUACUUACUUUUCUUGUUGUGAUAGUUUUUGAUUUGAUGUAUAUGCGAUUUGGCUCCACAAAUUUACCUCAAAGCAUUCAAAACUUCAUCGCUAUAGAAUUUUUGCUUAUUCCUCCUAUGAUGAAUCCUCUGAUAUAUGGAUUUAAACUGGCCAAAGUAAGAAACAGAAUUGUGGGUUUAUUUAAUGUUAGAAAAAAAUGAGUUUUUUUCACAUCAUAUUUCAA